UAUCUUAAAUUAUAUUAAAUAGCAAAGUAGUGGAUUAUGAUGAGUUCCACUUUAAUGAUAACUUUUAACAGACCCUACAGUUUAACACCUUUGCAUACAUUUUUACAAGUGUCUGCAUCAUUCUGACAUCACUGAAGGGGAUUGAUAGGGGGCAACCUUAGUCACUUUAAAAAUCUCUUUACCCGCUCUAACACCUGCUUAGUAGUUUAUAUCACAAGCCUUGUCGUCUCGAUAAUAUUUAUUGAUAGCAGGGAAGGGAAAAUAUGACAAGAAUGUUAUCUUCACAUGUGAGAUUGCAAAGAAUUUGAAGUCGGUGAUGUCAUUCCAGGCAUGGAUGAGACGAGUGAGAGGAGGCUGUCGGAAAAGACUUGGGGGAGAUCCCUCAAACUUAAAAUCAAUGACUGCGGCUUAAAUGAAACUUAACGCUAGUCUGAACACUUCUGACACCCGGACACUCAAAUGUUCAAUCAGUAUUCUGUGUUUGUGAGAUAUGUCAUCUUUCUAAAAGCCGACAAUGAACAUACAAAGUUGAAUUCCAAAAUGGUUGCAGAGGUUGUUGUUGCACUGUUGGCUGUUGUCAUGUCCCCCCAGUGCCUGUAGUUGUGCUGUAAGAAGCCUCGCAUCCGAUGACUAAACCAACACCCCCUUCUCCUUGUGUACGGCUAGUUUUGUUUCAAUAAUCGACAAAGAUGUGCCAGUAGGAUUCGUAUAAAAUUAAAUCCACGCGUUAAAAAACUAAUUUUGCUAGCGUAAACCGGAAAGGUAGAGGCGGAAAAUCCCCGUUGAAAGUAAUAGCCGUCGACCGUAUGAAAAGAUCAGCGUAGCUUGUUUAGCACAGGCCGCAGAGAUCGGGGACUCAGCGGCUGCCGGGAAGCAUCGGACUCAAGCAAAGGCGGAAGCCCGCUUAUUGCGCACUGCAAGACGGGUGCCUCGUUACUCGACUCGGGGGAUUCGGGAGGUUUCACAGGCCAACGCUGAUGUUCCGGAGAGUUCCAGCCCUGGGAUGUAUGAAGGCAAACACAUCCACUACUCGGAGGUGGACCACAAGCCUCUGUGUUCAUAUAGCCCAAAGCUUUGCAAGCAACGCCGGCUCAACGGUUAUGCUUUCUGCAUCCGCCAUGUGCUUGAGGACCGGACCGCUCCUUUCAGGCAGUGCGAAUAUGUAGCCAAGUACAAUAGCCAGCGCUGCACCAAUCCAAUACCCAAGGCUCACGACCGAAAGUAUUGUAAUAGUCACCUUCAGGUUAUGGGUGUCCUCCCCAAGAAGGAGCGAAAGAAGAAACAAGAUACAAUAGAGUCUUUGGCCCUCAACAUUACCGUUCCAUCCCUGGCUCUGAAGACCCACAACGGGCUUGAGCUUUUACCUCCAUCCCCACCACCCUCCCUGGCUUGUCUACUCCCCUCAGAUCCCUUCGCCUUUUACAGGGGGGGAAAAAUGUUAAAACCUAGUGGCACACUUCUGAAGAAGCACCAAGAUAACCAAGCUCUGAACCAUAAGCAGAAACCGCAAGAUCUCAGUUUGGAUCCAGCCUUCCCAAACCAUUUUGAAACCUCGUCUCUUUCUUCAACUCUUCUACGUCCUUGCCUCCCUCCUCCCCAGACUGGAAGAACCACACAAACACCCAAAGUCCCUUCCUCCCCUCGUGCAGAAAUCUUACAAACCCCUGCAGUUCGUUCAGGUUCAUUAUUCAAAACCUCAUCAACUCUUCAGGACAGCCGCCAGGGCUCAAUAGAAACAACUCCAACUGAUAACAAAAUUAAACUGGACCUUAAUCAUGCUUUUGACAAAAAGGUUGUCCCUGCAGCUUCAGGGACAGCACCAGGCCGUGAUGACAUACGUAGACGUUUAAUAAAAAUGCACUCAGUUGCCAUGCAACAACAAGCUCCAUGUUUGCAGAAGUUCCAUAGAUUGAUGGACCAACACAGGGGGAGGUACCAAGACCUGAACACACAUUUAGGGCUUGUCUGGUCAGAAGACAGUGAAGAGGAAGAUGGUGACUUGGGGAAACUAGUGUCACAUCAGUGCCAGAGACUACAAGAGAAGCACUUUGAGGAAAGUGCCAGCAGUUCCCGUGCUGAGCGUUUGGCAGGCUUCUGCUCAUACCUGAGACAAAAACACACGCACCUUUUCAGAGAGCAGAGGGGCUUCAGGAGGGAGAGGAGAUCCCAGCAUACCCUUCGUAAAGCCCUGCUGCAGGCAGCAAGAGAAGAACCUCACCACACUGCACAGCUUAUUCAGGAACAAUAUAAAAAGACCUCCACACCCUCCAGCACCGCAGUACCAUUGUCUGGAGAUGACUCAGGGUUGUGUUCGGCUGUCGUGAAAGGUGAAGACUGCAGAAAAUCAGCCUUACCGUUCACUAGACACUGCUUUCAGCAUAUCCUUCAGAACCGUUCACAGCAGCUGUUCUCAAGCUGCACCGCUCGCUUUGCAGAUGGAGCUCAGUGUUCCAUCCCUGUCUUUGAUAUCACGCACCAGACGCCACUUUGUGAUGAGCAUGCCAAGAAAAUGGACAAUUUCCUUCGAGGUGAUAUCAGCCGGAGAACGUACCACCACCACCAGCAGAUUCAGCGGCACAGACCACUGAAGAAAGCCAAGCCUCCAGCACUCACUAAGAAGCAUAAGAAGAAAGGAAAGCGAGGGACACAAAGGCGUCCUCAGAAACCCAUUCCUCCCGCGCAGCCCCAGGGUAACCUGGGAUUGCCUUCCAUCUUGUGUCUGCCCACUCAGCCCUCUGACAUAAGGAGCCCUUUAACUCCUGAUUUAAGUGCAGAUGAAUUUCCAGAUGACAUCACCAAUGACAUCAGCGACAUUCCACAUGACCUGGAGUUGAAUCAGGAGGAUUUCUCAGAUGUUCUUCCUCGACUCCCGGAUGACCUGCAGGACUUUGAUCUUUUUGAAGGCAAGAAUGGUGAGCUGUUGCCCACUUCUGAGGAAGCCGAAGAAUUGGUUCGCGUUCUGCAGGCAAUGGGCUCAUACCCAGAAUCCCUUGCAUGUCUAAGUGGAAUGGCUGAACUUGGUCCCGUAGAAGCGGUAGAUUGUCGUAGCAUGCCGGGGGGAGUCGUGGAUCUAUUGAGUGGACGGCUAUCUGCUGAGACUCUUUCCAGCCUGGAGCUGGACCCCAGUUUGCUCCCCACCUCUGAAGAUCCUUUUCCCCCAUCACCUCCAUCUCCACAACCCCCUCUCACUCCUCCAUCCUCUGUGGGGCAACUCACAGACAGCACAUACCCACAGAGACAACCUCAUCUCUUAGCGAAGAUGGAUAACUCCAAAGUGAAUCUGAGCAAUCUGCUGCUUGGAAAGGUCGAGGACAUCUCUCAUGGCUCCUGGGGCGUUCUCGCCCUCCCCCUCAACGACUCCUCACAAUUUCACAGCCUUAUUGCCUCGGAUGGCCUGCUGAUGUCCACAGCCCUCUCAACGCCAAUGACCCCCGUGACCUCGGCCCCCUGUCAGCCCAGUUCGGCCCUCUCCGCUUUGCCUCAGACUGUGACUGUCACUCGCUCCACACCCACAUCCUUGCCCUCAUCACCAACAUCCCAAACCAAGCCUUCUCCCAAGUUCAACCACUGUGGGAUCCCAGCAGACUUGCAGCCGCACCACAGUACACCGGCGCCACCUAUGGACCAGGCCUGAACUGCAGGCAGAACCAAUUUGCUACACUCACAGUGUUCAGGGAACAUGUUGCAGUUGAUUCCAACCCAACCCCCCCAGUCAGGGUCAUUCUGUCCAUCUUUUCAGUCCUUUGCAUCUUUUUCCCUCACCAAGUAAGAACAUCAAGCAAUAAAUUUCCUUGUCUGCUUAAAAUAGUUGCUUUUUCCAAAA